AUAUAGUGGCUGAAAAUCCAAUGAUCUUAUUUGAUUCACCAGAAUUUACUUCGAUUGAUGAGGAAUUAUUACUCAAUAUAUUAAAAUUGGAUAUGAUUUGUACGGAUGAAUUAACAGUAUUUAAUAAAUUGGUUGAGUGGGGGAUCGCAAAUACACCAAAUUAUAAUACUAUAACUGAUAAAAAAUCUCAACUAAGUGCAUUAGGCGCCACUAUUGAAGAAGGAUUAAAAUUAAUUCGAUAUAAUUACAUAAGUCAUUCCAUUAAAGAAUUUAAUCAGAUCAUGCCAAAAAACUUUUUAUAUUCAUCUCGCUGUAAGGUUAUGCUUGAUCCAAAGGCUGUUAGUAAUAGAUUUGCUGGAAUAAUUGCCGCAUGGAUUGAAAGAAAGGAUCCUAUGGAAGCUCAAUACACUGCUGUUAACAAUCCAUUUAGAUUUAGGCAUGUUUUUCGUAUGAAUGAUAAUACCGAUUUUUCAUCUAGACAUUAUAGAUUUCAUAAAUCUUAUAACAAAUUUGGUUCAAAUUAUCGUUUGUGUAGAGUUAAUAAUUUUCAUCGUGCUGUCUGUUUAUUAGAUGGUCUAUUAAAUUUUGGUGAAGAUUUAAUGUUUACAUAUGAUGAAACAAGCGUCAAAUGCAAGCUUAAAACUAAAUUUUAUGAUCAAACUACUUUGGCUGAAGAUAUUUACGAAGUCGAUGAAUGGAAUAUUUAUAAAGUUAGAAGAAAAGAUGAACUUCCAAUGAGUCUAAUGAUCAAAUUGGAUCAUUCUUCCGUUGAAUCAAAAAUUAUUAAUAGUGACUUUUUCAGCAUUAUCUCAACUUGGAUUGAUAAAAAAGAUCCAGAAAAAGAUCCUUACCUUAAAUCUAAUAUGCCAUUCCAAUUUACACCUAUAUUUCGCAUGAAAGAUAAUUCAGCUUUCUAUCCAAAGCAGUAUUAUAAUCAAUUAACGGAGAGAAUAUUACCAACAAUGAAAUGUCAUCAUGGACCUUCAUUGAUGUUAAUGAAAGUAAAAGGUUCUGGAAAAGUAAUUGGAGCUUAUAAUCCUCUCGAUUGGCAACCUGGAGCAUAUCGAUAUUAUCCAACUGUUAUUGAAUAUAGAAAUACAGAAGAUAGUUUUAUUUUUUCUUAUGAAGUAGCUGCAAAUAAUGAAACAAAACAUCGAUUAUGUCGUGUUGUAAAUUUUGAUCGAGCAGUUGGUUCUGAGAAAAUGACCACCAAUAGAAAAGAUCUUAAUGGUUUAAUUUUAAGAUUUGGUGAUGAUUUGGUAUUUUCUCAUCGAGGAGGAAUACGUCAAAAUAUUUAUUCUGGUAUCUUUUGUCGUAUAAUGAAAGAUGGAUGCUAUGAACAACCGCCCAUAAUGCCUGCUGGAAAUUAUGAAAUUGAUCAAUGGGAAAUUUUUAGAGUUGCUAAAAAAGUUCCAGAACUUUCUGAUUCAGAUUAA